AUAAAAUUAUACAAUGUAUAAUUUCGAAAAAAGUCGAAAAAAAGAAAACAACAAGCAAUUAUUAAAUUCGAUGAUCUAUUGGGGAAAGUCAAAAAAUCAGUUCAUCCAUUUAUACGAUUCCAUCUAAUGGGAAAAGAAAUAUAAGACGUCAUUUUCCAACCGAUUAAAUUGAACUUUUUUUCUACAAACAAAACGUCUUUUGCAAUCAGCUAAACAAUUCAUCACUUUCCCCCUUUUCUUAAGAAAAUAGUACCUGUUCUGGACAAUCGUAUAUUUGUCUUCGAGUUUUACCCGGUUUAAAACUGAAUCAACUGCAAAUGCGGAAUUCAUUAGGAAUUAGAUAAAGUUAAGACCGCAGUGAAAUAAGCAUACUAAAAUGAAAGACUAAUGGCUACUAACUUUCUUAAAGGAAAAUCAGAAUUAAUUGUUCUAUUAUCUUUACGAUAAUACAAAUCUAAAUUCAAUUAGUGUUUCGGGAUUUUGGUUAAAGAUUUAAAAAUAAAAAAGAAAAAAGAAAAAAGCCAUUACCUCAUCGAACUUUCUCGUAAACAAGAUUGUUCAACCCAUCGAAAAGUUUACUACGAUAAUUCGUCGUAAAUUAGUGGAAAUGAUAUUUCCCCGAGUGAAUCGAAUUUUCUUUCGAAAAUAAGACCGCACCAGCAACAACUGUAAUAACAUUGGCAAGUUGAAUCUAACAAACAUUUUCUACGAAAGCGAAUGUUUUUACCAACGUCAAUUUACAAUUUUAAGAAAACAGAACAAUUUCUCUCGUUGGAGAAUCAAUUAUAUAAGAAUAAAAAAUCUAAGAAUUUACUUGGAUCGAUAAAAGGAUAUAAUCUUUGACUUUGUGGAAAAUGCGAUGUUAUGUCACUGGAAUCGUGAGGAUUUGUAUUACAAAGGAUACUUGAACUCUUCGUUGCUGCAAUUAAAGUUACUCCUACGAAAUAUAUCGAGCAUGUAUUGGCAUCCAAAUUACACCGAUAUAUUUACUCGAUUUAAUAUUACGAAAGAUGAUAUUGAUUACGUAAACAACUUCAGUCUUCCUCCGGAAACAUCGACGACGUUUUGUUAUUGCAACGGUUCCAUCAGAAAUUGGGCUAUGAGCUAUAGAAUAUAUCAUGGUUACGUAGCAAUAAUAGUAUGCAUAUUUGGUACCUUUGCCAAUAUGUUGAACAUCGUUGUGCUAACCCAUAAAGAUAUGAUGAUAACACCGAUAAACAAAAUAUUAACGGGAUUAGCAUUUGCUGACAUGUUGGUGAUGUUGGAAUACAUACCCUUUGCCGUUUACGUUUAUUUCGUUCUACCAAAACGUCAGAUCUACCCUUACGGAUGGGCUGUCUUCGUUUUAUUUCACAUGCACUUUACACAGGUCAUUCAUACCAUCAGCAUCGCAUUAACUCUAACACUGGCUGUUUGGAGAUAUAUCGCUUUGAGAAAUUCUCCGGGAGCAAAAUUUAACCCAAUGUUUCUGCAAUACAACCACGCAUGGUGCACACCUACUCGUUGCAAGAUAGCUCUAUGGUGUUGCGUUUUGGCACCACUGAUCGCCUGUGCACCAAGCUAUUUCGUCUUUGGCAUAAGGGAUCAAAUUGUUUGUGAAAAUGGAACUAAGGAAAUCUUGUAUCAUGUGGAUACCAAUUAUUCACGAGACAAAGGAUUUAUCUACCAACUUAAUUUUUGGAUACUUGGAGUUGUCGUUAAACUUAUGCCCUGUGUCAUACUUACCAUUAUUAUAUGUUGGUUAAUUAAAACACUUUGCAGGACGAAAGAUCGGAAAAAGGCUUUAAAGAAUUACAAUCAACCUUUAAUGAAGAACCUACCGAUAAGUAAUGGUUCGGUGAUACCACGAAAGCCAAGCAAGAAUGAAAAACAUGCUGACAGAACAACAAGAAUGCUCGUUGCCGUUUUAUUCCUUUUUUUAAUUACAGAAAUACCGCAGGGGGUUUUAGGCCUUCUGUCUGGAAUUCUAGGCGAUUGCUUCUUCCGUAAUUGCUAUCAUAAUUUUGGCGAGAUAAUGGACAUUUUAGCUUUAUUAAAUGGUGCUAUUAAUUUUAUACUUUAUUGUUUAAUGUCUCGACAAUUUCGAACAUCGUUCAGACAACUUUUUAAACCAAAAAUCAUGAAAAAGUUGCAACCGACUACUCAACAAACCGACGUACAAAGUACUUACGUAUGAUGUAAAUUACCACCUUUAAAAGAUACUUGUUUCUGAAUUAUUUUUAAUAAUUACAUUACGGGACAUCAAUUAUGACUCGAUAAAAAUUUUUUAAAAUCGAUGACAUGUAUUAAAAAUAAAAACAAAAUUUCAAAUGUGCCGAAUAGAUAAAUUAAGUAAAUGCCAAUUGUUUUCUUCCGAAGUAAGUAUUUUUUAAUAAUUUUAAU